CCCUACUCUCGAUUUGCCAUGUGCUCGAAAAGAAGUCACGUGACCCAUGAAUGAACUUUAAACCUUGACUUAACAUUGACCUUGACGUCAUCUUCUAACACGAAGGCCGUCGCUGCGCUAGAGAGAGAGAACGACCCAUAUUUUGACAAUGCCGAAGGUAAAGAGAUCAAGAAAGCGUCCUCCGGAGGGCUGGGAACUCAUUGAACCUACACUAGACGAACUGGAGGCGAAACUAAGAGAAGCUGAGGCAGACACUCACGAGGGGAAGAGAAAGGUGGAAGCUCUGUGGCCCAUCUUCAAAAUCCAUCAUCAAAGAUCUCGCUAUGUCUACGAGCUUUACUUCAAGAGGAAGGCCAUCAGCAGAGAAUUGUACGAGUACUGUCUAAAUGAAGGGUAUGCUGAUAGGAACCUCAUUGCCAAAUGGAAAAAGCCUGGCUACGAGAGUCUGUGUUGUCUUCGCUGCAUUCAACCGAGGGACACCAACUUUGGCACCACCUGCAUCUGCCGCGUACCCAAGAGCAAGUUGGAAGUGGGAAAGAUUGUCGAGUGUGUGCACUGCGGCUGCAAGGGCUGCUCGGGAUGACGCAAUGAACAGUACUCAUUAUAUAGCUACUGUCUUCUUAUCUCCUCCUUUGUUUCCCUGUCUGUCGGCACAAGUGUAAAUAUGUCAAUAUCUACUGUCAUACUGUAGCAACAGCACAUGACAAACUCCUCUCGUUUAGACAAAAUUUGCUGUCUCGUCAGGUUUUAAAAAACACAAAAACAAAGUGACAUCAUUGCUCAGGCAUUCGUUUCAGACACUUCGUUCAUCCAACUUU